GUAAUUAUCAUAAUGAUAUCUCUCUUCUGUCCGUUUGUAGCCUUCCAGGACGAAAUUUUCUUCAGCAUUUUUCUUCUGGUCUUUUUUAUUUCUAAAAUUAAAUAUUGUGCCCCAUAAGCAUGACAUUUGGCUUGAUUUUGGCUUCUUUUCAGGGGAAAAAGGAACCAUCUUUGAGUAGCUAGUUGCAUGUUUAUACAUAUAUGUUGGUUGUAGGAGGUGUUUGAUAAAAGUCGCACGUGAAAUGGAAACAUCAUCUUCUACACCUCAAAACAACAAUAACAGUAAUAACGAUAGCCCAAUGCCACUUAGGGAACUGCAUCCCUCAAGAUGCUAUUAUCCAUACCCACCUCCUAUGGCUACAUAUCAGGAUGUUAUAGCCUCACCCCAACUCUUCAUGGAUACACUCCAGAUGCUCCAUGCCUCUCUUGGUACCAAGUUCAUGAUCCCUGUUAUUGGUGGGAAAUACCUUGAUUUACACCGUCUCUUUGUGGAAGUUACUUCUAGGGGUGGCUUUUCAAAGGUGGUUGGAGAGAAAAGAUGGAAAGAAGUAACUAUGAGUUUUAGUUUUCCAUCUUCGGCUACAAAUGCUUCUUUCAUUCUGCGGAAAUAUUAUACUUCAUUGCUUCAACACUAUGAGCGGAUCUACUUUUUUAAUGCUAAAUGUUGGACCCCAUCUCCAUCUGCUGACACUUUGCACAAUGUGUCCAUGAUUACAGCUCCACCUAGUCGGCUGCCUGAAACAGUAAAGGUGCCUUACAUUCAAGCCCACGUGCCACUUCCACAAACAGAAAAAGUAGCAGCGGAAACUGUUGGAACUCCUGCAGGGUCAGAGGUGUAUGGUGUUAUUGAUGGGAAGUUUGAUAGUGGGUAUCUUAUAACUGUAAAAAUCGGAUCAGAAGAGUUCAAAGGCGUCCUAUAUGCCCCUGUAGACCAGACAGUCCAACAGAACCAAACCGUGUCCCAAAUGCAAGUUGUCCCUGCAAAUAGCAGUGAUAAUUACACAUCAGGAGUGGUUAAGAGAAAGCGUAGGAAGAAAUGUGAAAUCAAAAGGAGAGAUCCUGACCGUCCAAAGCCUAAUAGAAGUGGUUAUAACUUUUUCUUUCAAGAACAGCACGCAAAACUGAAACCACUCUUUCAGGGGAAGGAUAGGGAGAUCAGUAGGAUUAUCGGGGAGUCGUGGAACAAAUUGAAUGAUUCUGAAAGGAUGAUAUAUCAGGAAAGGGCUAUGAAAGACAAAGAACGGUACAAAAUGGAGCUGGAGGGUUACCGAGAACGGUUAAGGAUUAGGCAAGUCCCGAAUGCUGCAGUGCCAUCUUUCGUCAUGCCAACUGCUCAUCAUUUUAAGCGCCCAAGUAAAGACGGUAAUUAUUCCUCCCCAUCAGAUGAAGAUAUUUUGGCAAGCUCCAGCAAGAGUGAACAGAGCAGCUUGGAAGACCAUAAAGCUGAUGAUAAUAAGUUGAUGGCUCUGGAUCUGGAGGCUGCAGUGGGAAUGGAGGAGGUUGAAAGUGGCACUGGAGGUUGCAGUGGAAAAGAGUAGUUGAUACUUGAUCACUUGACAAUAGAGUUCAGAAGGAAGCUGUGGAAGAUCUUUUCACAAUAACCAAUCAACUAAUUAAUUAGUACAAGGUAGAUCAUCGCAGUAUCGGUAACUAAAGGUGUUGAUCAAGAUGAGAUUCUCAUCAACUUUGUAAUUAGUCUGCAUUUUAUUGUUUUUUUCUACUAGUCAAAAUGCUAUUUCGAUGGGGAAUGGUACUUUCUUCAUGAGUAGGGCCGUAGGGGGUAUUAACUUUAACUCGCAUAUUUUCACAAGGACGUGAAAACUUGUCUAAUUUGAUAGGUGGGUACGGACUAAGAAGUUAGUUGUAUGUUCCUAUUUCGUUGUAAACUUGUGGUUUGAUCCUCCAUUUUCCUGGUUCAUGGUAUUCG